AUGCCUCCCUCCAGCCCAAUGGCGGGAAAGCCCGCAGCGGCGCGCAAGGCGGGCCUGUGCAGCUCCCCCUCCACACCACAAGGGCCGAGACAAAGCCGCCCCCCCGCCCCGGGCAGCGGGAGGCCGGCGGGGGCCGGGCCGCAGAGGAGGCCGCGGCGGGGACCCGGCCGGGGAACGGGGCGGGGAGUAGGGGGCGUCAGACCCUCCGCCGUCUGUAGGCACCUCCACAAAAUGGCGGCCACCUUUGGAAGGGACACUUCUCCCUCCCGCCGCACAACGACCACCUCGGCGCUAACCCGGCCGCGCACCUCGACUCCCAUUUUGAACUAUCCGCCCGGCCCUCCGGGCGCGGCCGCCGCCCUUCUUUCCCUCCGUCCUUCCCCGGGGAUGCGGAGGCCCACGCGGCGGGACCCCGAGCACAAACCCCCGCACCUAAAAUGGCGGCCAGCGCGCCUCACGCGGUUGGGACCCCCCACUUUCUCCCCAACACAGCCGCGCUGUCCCCCUCACCCUCCGCGGGGCCAGGCGGCCGGAGGGGGGGCAGGCCCGGCUCCACCGCGCUUCGCCUCGGGCCCGCGCCCGGCGGUGGUGCAGAGAACAGCUCCCUCACCUCCCACUCCGGCCCUCCGCUUCGCCGCCGCUUUCCGCAGCCCACCCACGCCCCGCAGGGCCCCGCUUCCCCCCUCCAUAGAGCCCCGGGGCCUGCUCAGCGCGCCUGGCACCGCUCACCUCCGCUCGCACCCGCCUGCAACUGCGCAAUGA